ACUGCAAGGAUUAAUAUAGGUCAAUAGACCUCCUAUCCUUAUUACUGAAAACUGAAGACUGAAAAAUGUGAAUUUGAACGCACUCAUGUUUUCUCUUAAACCAAUAAGACUGACUUAUGCUUUCACUAGCUGUCGUCAUUCAUAUCAUAGUAUGCUUCCAACUAGUUCGAAGAAACGACGUACGUGGGUCACUUAUUCCUUGUUGGUCCUUCCAGCUACUGCAUUCGCUUUAGGAUAUUGGCAGAUACAUAGAAGAAGGUGGAAAAUUGAUUUGAUUGGAAAACUAAACGCAAGGAUUCCUGCUAAGCCUAUUCAAUUGCCUAAGAAUGUUGACUCUAGCAUUCAGCUUCCUGAGUUCACUCAUAUCUCGGUUCGAGGUUGUUUCGAUCAUUCACGAGAAGUAGUAAUUGGACCACGCUCAUUGAUUGAAGAUUUUAUACCUUCUAAAGGCUAUGGAAGCGAAUGGGUAGUGAGAUCACCAAACAAGUAUAUGCAGGCGAAUAUGGCUCGUCCAUCUGCUUCUGGUUAUUUUAUCGUAACACCAUUUUUCUUAGAAGAUAGACCUGGAACCUCCAUAUUAGUAAACCGUGGAUGGGUCCCAUAUGGUGCACGUGAUCCUACCAUUCGACCUAAUGGUCAGGUAAAGGGUGUCGUAGAACUGUCAGGUUAUAUACGGUAUCAAGAAAAGGCACCAAUUCGUAUAUUCGGUUCAAAAAUACAACCUCUUACUUGUGUGGAUUAUCAAAAUCAAAAUCCACAUAUUCGUUAUUCUUGUCGACAAAUUGAUCAAAUGUCUAAUGAUUUGAAAACGUUACCGAUUUUCCUUGAUGCUGAUUAUGAGUCUAGUACUGUUGGUGGGCCAAUCGGUGGACAAACUCGAGUUGUUUUACGAAAUGAACAUGCAUCGUAUAUUUUCACUUGGUUCUCAUUGGGCACCAUCGGUCUGGGAAUGUGGAUAUACUUUUUCAUUUUUUAACUGGACAAAUAAAAGAAAAAAAGAAUUAUUUUGUACAUACAAAUAUAGUUUAGAUAUCCAGACAAGACAAUCCACUCGUUUGCCUAUCCCUUGUAUUUAUGGUUAUUUAAUUCGUUGUCUACAACAACAUCUCAGACAGUAUAUGUGUAAAUGAGCUAAUUGAAAGUGUCACUCAUCCACGUACCUCCAACAUAACUCAAUAAGACCCUGAUCACCACGAAAUCUUAUUUCUAGUAUUCUUCUUAUCAAUCUUCUGUUUUCGUCUUUUACGAUGUAUGCCACUGCUGUCCGAGAUUGUGAAGUGUUCUCCCGAUUGCACAUACCUAAGCACGGUGAAAUUGAUAUGACGAGAUACUACGGGCUGAGUAAAUAAAAAACUAAAGUAAUUAACAAAAUAUGACACAGUAACAAAAACAGGAUAGAAACAAGUAAUUGUCUCAUCUCAAUCAAGAAUAGGAAAUGCGCUUGAUUGUGGAGAUAAGAUUUCAGGUUAGUGUAUUGAGGAUAGAAGACCGAUAGCCUGUAUUAGUCCUUUACUAGUCAGCUUCUGAGUCUAGUCUUUCCUUGAAUGAGUCAGUCAAAUGAGUGGACACCACUUCUUCCAGUAACAGGUUCCAAGAUUUAAUGACUCGGUGUGAGAACCUGAAUGUCACGGGUAUUUUGUUCGUUGUUGGCUAUAGCACUCGCCUGCUGUCCUCUGAGUUGUCCUGAUCUGGUAUUAAGAAAAGGAGAGAAUAUGUCAGGUUCAAAAUCACUUCCAAGUAUUCUAUGCAUCAAAAUCAGAUAGCCCCUUAGUUUGCGGUAGGACGG